CAACACCCAGUGGAAAAGGGAGGAAGUCAGGAAGCUGCUCACUUGUGACAGUCCCGUAUCAAAGAAAAGCACAGUAGAGAAAAAAGGCCGGACUUGAGCUUGUACCCUUGUCCUAAAAACUCUACCGACAUGUCGAAGAACACCGUGGCCGCCCGCUUCAGGCGAGUGGACGUGGACGAGUACGACGAGAACAAAUUUGUGGACGAGGAGGAAGGAGGGGAGAACCAGCUGGGUCCCGACGAGGCAGAGGUGGACUCCCUCAUCAGACAAGGAAAUCUCAUGCAGGCUUUACAAGCCGUCUUGAAGAACCCGCCAAUCAACACCAAGAACCAGAACGUCAAGGAUCGUGCUGAGGGUUUGGUGCUGAAGGUGCUCAGCGCCUUUAAGAGCAGCGACAUUGAGAAAGGGGUGCAGUCCCUCGACAAGAACGGCGUGGACCUGCUGAUGAAAUACAUCUACAAAGGCUUCGAGAGGCCAUCAGAAAACAGCAGCGCGGUCCUACUGCAGUGGCACGAAAAGGCUCUGGCAGCUGGAGGAGUGGGCAGCAUCGUCAGGGUACUAACGGCGAGGAAGACGGUCUAAAAGAGGAGCGGAGGAUCUCUGACGCAUACAGGAGACCAUGUAAUCAUAACAGAUGGCAGUGGGACGAAAAGGAAAAACUCAUUUAACCCAAUGUGAUCCUGCUGCGUUCAAAGUCAAAUCUGGGUCACAUUAGGUUUUAAAACUUGUGUUUUUCUUCUUUCUUCCCAUUCAUGAUCACGGCCGACUAAAUCAUGUUCCUCACGGGGUGCUACAGAGAGCGUCUCAUGUGCUGCUUCCUUCAUCUAAUUGCAGAAU